UUCGCACUUGAUUCAUUUCUCAGGCAAGAAUCUAAUGAUUGGAACCUCAGAUGCUCUUUCUUAAGGCGAAAGAAGAUUGAAAGAUCUUCCUUCUAGAAGCUCUUGGUCUUCCUUCAGGAAGAUACUUCCGGUUUCACUUGAUUCAGCACUUCUUUCGCCGCCAAGAUCUCUGACCGCGUUACUGACGAGGCUCAUAUGUGCUUUCCACGUUGCUUCGCCUUCACAACCACCAAUUAGAUCAGGAGGAAGGUUUGUGAAAGCAUCGAUUCUUAUCAAGUGCCUCUCUGAGAGGAUUUUUGAAGAUUGCAUCAGAUCGACACCGGCUUCAACGACACAGUGAUAGCAUAUUGGACAUCGCAUCAGUUGUUCACAGGAUAUCUUCCACACCGCUGAGCCACUUAGCCAGCAUAUACCCAAGGCUCCGCCAACCAGAAACGUUGCCAGAUAUCAACAAGUUUUAAGAAGCCUGUGCAACAGUACAUUGAACACGGUAUUAGGGAAUGCCACCUACCAACAUGCCUCUCUCCCCGCCACCAUCGAAUGGCGGCGAAAUUAUCCAGCAUGGACUCCAACAUAUCAUUCGACACAAUGCGAAUAGUCCUUACCCACAAGAACCAUACCAACAUGAUGAGGGAGUUCAUUUACAGUCGAACUACGGCUCGCCAACACCUGGGCAGGAUGAAUUAUAUGGCCAUCCUAGCCAGCAGCCUAGAUUUUCAUACCAUCAACAUCAAGAUUCAGGAUUGGGGAUACAAUAUGAUAACUAUAACCCGGAGUAUCAAGAGUCAAUAUAUCAAGACCGAUACAGCACACCAGCGACUUCGCCGCCUACUCCAUCGAUGAACCGCGAUAUGCCAAGAACAAGAAGUAGAUAUAGUACCCAGGGAAACCAGCAGAAUCUGCGGCCUAUGCCUGAAGAGCGUUCUCGGGCUGGGAAAUCGCCCAAGGCGAAGAAAGCCAAGAAGGACAAAGUAAAAGCGGAGAAGAAAGUUGCAAAACUUGAAAAGCCGCUGAGCGAAUUAACAAAAGAUUGGACACAUGUGCCGGUGGCAGAUAUCGAAGCAUAUGUGAACCGAUCCGCGGAGGAGCGACGGAGAGAAGUCGAGGAUGGGAAAUUCCCUGGGAAAGUCAAGCGUCCUAUGAAUUCUUUCAUGCUCUAUCGUAAAGCGUACCAGAACCGGACAAAAGACUGGUGCCUCCAAAACAACCAUCAAGUUGUCUCGCAAGUCUGUGGCGACAGCUGGCCCUUGGAACCGGACUCGGUCAAGGAGCAAUUCAGCGAGUGGGCCAGAAUCGAGCGACAGAAUCACCAGAACGCGCAUCCGGGGUAUAAAUUCUCCCCCACUAAGCCAGGGACAACCAAGGCUCCCAAAAGAAAAGUCUCCGAAGAGCCAAUGUCUGAAGAGUCGGAUCUGGACGAUUUCGACUGGCAUGAUGGACAAUCGAAGAGACUCAAACGGCCUCGGUCAACGCCUAGGCCAGAGCAACCAGUCUCAUACCCAACAAGGCGCUCGGCUUACGGAUAUGGGUCAAGAGACAACUCAGUGGAGCCCAACUAUGGCGGCUAUAACAAGUCGUCCUACCAAGCCACUAAUCCUGGAAAGCCGCUUCCAGCGCAAUACAACCAGGCGGACCUGCGUGCUGACCAGUACUACCAGCAGAUAAUUCAAAGUAAUCCAAAUAUGGCCAAUGUCGAGGACGUCAUAAUCAGAAAAGCGCCAACACCAGGUGUUCACUCAUACCUUGGUCUUCCAGGAGGACAAGAGUAUGAUAUGAUGAAUCCGUACCCCCAGUACGGAGCACACCCGGGAUCAGAACAAAAAAUCGAUCCUUCUCUGAUGCCACAGGAGCAAAUAGCGUACGGUGGUGGACUCUAUGCUGAGGUUCACCCAGAAGGUGUCUUUUUCGGCGAUGGCGGUAGUCAGAACGACGACCAGCAAUGGCAGUCUCCGUAUGACAUGAUGGACCGAAACCACCAUGAUCCCACUCUAAGUUACAUUGACCCCGAGCUCGCAAUGAAUAGCACACAAAUCCAUGAUCAGCACAUGCACGUACUGAGAGGCCAUCAGGAAGGUUGGCACGUUGAAUCGCUCGACGAGAGCCAGGAAUUUGAUAACUGGAUGAAUGCAAGCUGAAGACUAGUGAAAGCGGAUUAGGGGUGACCUUUCCAAAGCCGGGAGGGGCCUGAGUAAGAGAUGUCAUCCAAGGAAAGGGCAAGAGAUAAGGAGGGAAUGUUGAGUGCAUUUGUGGAAGCGAUACUGGCGCUGCAGGUUCUUGAAUUUCUUUCCAAUAGUGUUCCGAGGGAGUUCUUGCCUGGCGCAGGUUAUGAUAGAUCUACUCCACGUAGGAAAUAAUUUGCAGCCGCCUCCAGUCAUCCGUGAUCGCGGGUAAUGUUUGCCAUCUGAUAAGUUUGAGCAUGGGCUGUAGACUGACUGUCUUUUGUUUUAACAAGGCCAUUGUUCAUGCAGGUAGCCGUCCUCCCCCUAGUCAAAGGGCAGAAAUCUUUCAAGGAUAUAUCGUUCGAAGUAUUGAAUGGUACCAUUGUCACCUAUCGCUGCAGUUCCACAAAUGGCGG